AAAACACUCAAAAGCUUUACGUAUAUGAAUUUACUGCAAAAUCUUGAAAUAGGUUUAGAAUAAAAAUGACUGAAUUAGCUACCAAUAGUAGUGAAAAGGAAGAGUUAUCUGACAAUUCAGUGGAAAAAUGGUUCGCUGUUGAUAAUUUCAAAGAGAUCAAGGAGAAAAACAUAUAUCCCAAUAUCACUGUUUUCAACCGUAAGCUUUAUACAUUUGGGGAUUCCAAGGAAGUUUUCAUUAAAUUCUCUAGAAUAAAUAGCUUAAUUCCUUCACAAGAUGAAAUUACUUAUUUGGAUACACGUAGCUGUAUGGUAAGAAUUUCACAAGAUAGAUAUAUCGUGGUUGUGAGCAAUGAGAAAGGCGAAACUGCAGUAAUAGGUGAACUAUUAAAAAGAUAUAUUUCAAAGAAUAAUUUGAAUCAGUACGAUACUAAAAUUCAUAAUGCUGAAGAAUACAAAAUUCUCAGCUUGAGUGAUUUAUAUGACCCAGAAACUUUAACUGCUGAUAAAUUGGUAGAAUAUGCAUCGUCUAGAAUUAAAACACGGUUUGAGAAAUAUAUAACAUAUAUUAGAGGAUAA